AUGAGUAUGUCAAAUGGUUCAAGUGCAAGAUCUUCAACCCCUACUCAUGAAGCAAAACCUGCUUCGAGUUUUAGUGAUACUCGCCUAAACGACUUAAUGCCCUCCUUCCACCUUGAAAAUCUUAAAAACACUGUACCAAACACUCUAUCAACCACUGCCUCAAUGUUAUUCUCUCCUUUGACUCCUCGAGCAGUAAAGGGUGAUGCUGUGACAAUAAUCACCGAAUUCGCUCCUCAAAUGAUGGAACGACGCGUACAGCAAUAUAUCAAUACGAAUGUUCGUCAAACUGAAAAUUCAAAUCAACUUUCUUUACCCGCAGAUGAAUGUUCUACACGUUCAACUACUCCAAAUCCAGAAGAACUUUUGGUGACUACAGAUAUACCAGAAUCUAAAGCUCCAUUAUCUUUGAUUCAAGGUUAUAGAGCAACCUUUUCAGAGACCGAAUCAAUAAAUAACAGAAAAAGAGGAAAACAUAAACGAAAGGUUAAAGGCUUUUUACCUGUUCCAUCAGAUGGGAUAUCCGAUUCUGAUAAUGAAUAUAAACCAUUAAAUCAACUAAUUGCUGAUCGUGAUAGAGUUGUUAAAGAAAAUGACAGAUUACGUUUGCAUGAGUCACGAAUGAUAGCCGACAUUAAAAGAAUUGAAAAGGAAAUUGUCGAAUUGACCGCAAAAAAGCUUAGUCUUGAAUCUAAUCUUACAAAUUUUGGUAUCAGAAAAGCUGAAUUGACUGACCAAUUGGAAGAUUUGAACGAAAAAAUCGCCAAUUUUUGCCAAGAAGAUAAUAAUGGUCAAAAUAUGCGUAUUAGAAGAGGAAAAACCACUUUAAGAUCGCAAGAGCCAGGAACUUGUAUAAAGACUUUGGAAGGACACGAUGAUAUGAUUUUAUGUCUUGACUUUAACAAAUCUCAUGGUACUCUUGCUAGUGCAUCUCUGGAUAACACUUUGAGGUUAUGGGAUUUAGCGAAUUAUCAAUGUUUAGGAAUCCUAGACGGUCAUAAGGGCAUUGUAAAUUGCAUGCGUAUGGACAGGAAUCAUUUGGUUACAGGGUCACGUGAUUGCACCAUUAGGCAAUGGGAUAUCUCAAAAGUGUCAUUACCUCCUAAAAUCAAACACAUAUCUGAAGUAAAAUUUAAUCAAAAUACAACGUCCAAUGAAAAUGGUUUGUCUUUUAUUGGAGACGAUUGCUGGCUGGCAACAUUAGAAGGACAUACAGGGA